AUGGUCAAAGCUGUGGGUUUACUGAUCGACACCGCAGGCAUAGACAAGCUGCGCAUUACCGGAGGAGAACCUCUCUUAUCACCCAAAUUUGAUGCCGUCCUGCCUGAAGUGAUGCAGAUGGGUCUAAGUGACGUCUCGGUCACUACCAACGGUCAACUGUUGCCCCGCAAAGCACCUCUGAUCAUCGACGCUGGAUUGAGGCGUAUCAACAUCAGCCUGGACACGCUGGACGCCAGAGCCUUUCGUGAUAUUGCCCGAUCAGGAGACCUCGCCACGGUGCUCAAGGGCAUUGAUCUGAUGCUUGAAGCUGGCAUAAAGGUCAAACUGAAUAUGGUGCCGAUGCGCGGCAAGAACGACCAUCAGAUCCUGCCUAUGUUGGACUACGCUCUGGCAAGAGGAAUUGAGCUGCGUUUCAUCGAACUGAUGAAUAUGGGCCAUCUGCAGGGUAACGCGCUGUUUGAACGACAGUUUUACGGUAUGGAUGAAAUUCUUGAACUCAUAGCUGAACACUAUGAAUUUACGCGAGCACAGGCACCGCUGGAUUCUACUGCGGCUCGAUUUGAAAUUUCCGGUCGAGGGAUGUUCGGCAUCAUCGCCAAUGAAAGUGAACCAUUCUGCCGCACGUGUUCACGUCUACGCCUUUCUUCUAACGGCAAACUCUACGGCUGCCUGUCUAACGCCAAAUCAUACGAUCUGCGAGACACCCUAAACCUGCCUGAACCCCUGGCAAUUGCAAAAUUGCAGUCCAUCCUGGGGAACGCCCUGGCGGACAAGCAGUUAGCGAGCUUCCGCGGCGAGGUCACGGUGAUGAAGUUUAUCGGCGGCUGA